GCUCAGAGCGAGCGUGGCUGUCGUACGAGUAACUCUGUGCCUGUCGUUCCUCUCGUUCGUGCACACGAACGAGCAAUAUCAAAUUUUUUAAUUUAUUUAUUUUUUCCAUUGUUCCCGUCAGCACUGCGGGAAUCGUUUGCUGAUAACAAAUACAGGAUCAGGUUGAACAACCUGUUAAAAAAAACAAUCGUUUCCUCAUCGAUGAAAUUACAUCGAUAACCGAGGCUAUCUCACCGAUACUCAAUGUCGAGCAAUUGUAAAUUAUACAUAUCACUGUUUAUCGAUAUACAUCGAUAUCGGAACUGCUCAAUUAAUUUAUUUCGAAAUAGUCGUGAAUUUUGAUGCAUAUGUGUGUGACAAAUAAAUUAUUAAUGACUAUGAAUACGAUUAUGUGAACAACAAAUAAAAACCCGUACGUUCGUGAUGAAUUCGUACAUCGUGUUCAUUUCCUAGGACUAAUGAGUUCGUCAUAAAUGUUUUGUUUUUCAACGUGCUAUAGUAGUGUUUGUAUUUACCUUGAAGUGUGGUGCGCGCGUGUUUCGAUAUUCUUGCUCAGGCGUAUAUCGAAUGCUCAAUCAAAGAGUUAUUUCGUAUGCUUUCUCUCUAGUGUCGUGUAAUUUCCACAUAUCGUGCCGAAUGAAACGGAAAAAUUUACUUCCCGCAUAAAAGCAGACGAUAAGGGACUUUAACGGAGUCGAAUUAAUACGAUGAAACUAAAAAAUCAUUGAAUCAACGCAUCACGGAAGUUCGGGAUAGUGAUGUGUCGAUAACGCAGUGCACACCUUAUUGAUAGUGAGAGAUAGAGAAAAGUACGUCGAAACGAAUGAAAUAUACACGCUCGGGAACCGGUUAUCGCGAUAAUAUCCCAUACUCACCGAUCUGAAUUAUCAACGCCAUCGACACAGCAGCAGCAGCACCGGCUGCGUCAACAAACGAUCCCCUUGCUUUCGAUAAAUAUUGAAAAGCCAUAGAACAACGUCGAGGAUCCCUGCACCAAGAUUCAGAUAUCAAGAGACGAUCAAAGUGAAGAAAUUGCGAGGAACGUUCCGUGGAGAUUUUCAAGCGUUUUGUUGAGAAAAACGACGAGGAGGCCUCGACGAUGACACAACUUUGCGAAAGUCUUGUCCAAGAAAAGUCCGCUCCGAGACUUUAGAGGGCCGUCGACAACCACGGCGCGAGAAGGUCACGAUGUCAAUGACCGGAAGCCUGAUGGGGUACGAGAAUAACAACGAGGUCAAUCAGGCCAAGUGCAAGAAGCCGCUGAAAACACUGCCAGUGGUUUCGAGUGUCAAUGCCAGCGGCGUUACGACCAUACCCGCGAUAACAUCGAAGUCGAGAAAAUCUACGAGAAUCUCGAGAAAACAAGAAUCCUGCCAUCGCGGCCAUGUCAACGGUUUGUGGUCCGUUUGGUACGGUAUUAUUGCUGUUUCGCUCCAAGCUUACGUCGCGACACGAUGCGCAAAAAGAUUUGUUGCUUACCUCUCGUUACCAUGGCCGGCGGAUUCACAGCCACCGAAAUGGGAACUGCACGCGUGCAUAGUUCUCGCUGGCACAGGAGUACUUUUGCUGCCAGUUCUUCUGGCAGCAGCUUUUCUAAAACUGGGCAAUUUGGCGAACGACGGUGUCAAGCUGGGGCGCCAUUUGAGCACGUGUACCCGAGAUCCACCUUCAUCUUUGCUCAACAGUAACGCAGCCAAUGGGCUUGCGAGCAAUCUCUGGAGACACGGUGGACCGACAGCAGCCUUCGUACACCUGUGCACCGCCAUGUGUUUCCUCCUGCCUUCUUUGCUCAUGGAAGCGAGACUCAUCCAUGCUGGUUUCCUGCCAAAAGACGCAAUAUGGCGAACGGAUCUCGACUGGGUGGUAUUACAUCGCGACAGACUGGUGGUCCUCGGCUUCAUGAAUCCCUCGGGUAACUUGAGCACACUGGGUGGCAUAGUGACGCAAACACCUCAGCCUUUUGUACCGUCCAGUCCCUACAACGGAGACGAGGAGGACGUUGGGAACAACGAGGAUGAGGACGACCGGGACGAGCACGUCAAGGAAUAUCUCGUUACGACGCCACGAUCGAAAAUCAUUGUUUCCAUGGCCCACGAAUCCUCGAUGAGAAACAACAACAAAGCUCCUGAAAUCUCGACGUUCGGUACAACGGUGAAAUCGUCGAUGGGAACACAAGCGAUUGAUUCGAGAAUCGUUACGAAACCGACUGUUCCGUCAAUCGAUGGGAAAGUGUAUAUUUCGACGAUUCGCGAUUUCAUCACCACGAGAAAAGGAAAUCUUCCUACUUCAGUGACCCCCACUACUGGGCUGCCUGUGCCGAAACCGGGACCAAUCGUCACCGCUUUGAGUGGAGGAAAAUCAUCGAGGUCAGCUGCAACGACCACCGGAAAAUUUUCCACGAGCGGUAGUGGAAAAAACUCUUCGAAAAAUGAAAAUACUCGAAUCAAAUCAAGAAUGAAAAAUGCAACGUCGAAAUCUACCUCGACGAAACUUGGCCAAACUGGCAACGAGGGAAAUAUCACUGCUCACAGCCUCCAACUGGUCAUGAACAGCUUAGCUGAUCUCGAUCAUCCGGAUGAACUCAAUAUCGAACUCCGAUCAGGUGAAUCCUACGGUCCGGUGAGCCUCGAGUACCUGAAUUACGCCAUUGCUCUAGGAGUUUAUUCGGUCAGAUAUCCAGCCGUAUUUUGGUCAUGUAACAAGGCACUUGGUACUAUCUUCAGUCUACAAUUGGUCGCAAAUUCCGCCCAAAGCCUUUUAGCGUACGCAGGAAUGUCCGUUCUGUACAAGAUUCAAGUGGUAGGACCGCUGAAAGUUUUGCCUCUUCUUCGACACCGGACAGUCUCGACAGCUUCAACGAUAUCAUCUUUCUUCGGUGACUCUUAUUUUCUAUUGAAUCCACACGUGACACUGGCCCUUUUUGCACUUUCGUCUCUUCUCGUGCUGUGUUCGAGCAUGGUCAUGUAUCUGUACGCUCAUGGCAGAUUCGCAGCUUUUCUCAAUCAAGAACGCGAACGUCGAAUAAUUGUGGCGAAGGAUUCUCGGAAUGGUAGCGGUUGGGGUUACUUCACGCAUUGUGCAGCCCUUUGCGUUUUCCUUGCCAUAGCGAUUUGUAGUGCGCCCCUGCUUUACGACUACACGGUCGUAUAUCGCGGCAGUCUCGACGGGGCAAUAUUCGCUUGUAUCGUUGGAACGAUAAUUCAUCUCUUCUUAUGGCUGGUCCUCUGGAUAUUUCUCACGAUAAAGCAAAAAUGGGUGUUUAAAUUGCGCGUUACAAUUGGACGUGCCACUGUACGAUCGGCACGUUCGGUUAAACUCGUUACUGAUGUCGAUCUUAUAUCUUCGAGAGACGAGGACGAAGGUGCCAGUGCGCCGCUACUCGUCGUUGGUAAUGGACGGACUUACACCAUCGCCGAUACUUCACCGAAAAAAGCUAUCAUGAGUGUUAUUCAAAAAGCUGCCAUGGAAAGAAAAGCACGCAAUAAUGGUGGUAACGUUGAUUGCGUCGACGGCGAAUCAACGGCCGAUGGCGAAGAGCAAAUAUACUGGCUGCGACCGAAGCUCCGACCAUCCCCCGCUCAAUCUCCAACCGGACAAUCAGGACAACCGAGCAACGACAAGGGUUGGCUGAAUAAAAAGCUCAAGCCGAAAGUCACCUUUAACGACCUGCCUAGUACGUCAGGCUCGCGUAAUAAGGGAAAAGCCAGACGAGGGAUUGCCGAUGGUGGGCCAGACGACGAUGGGGAUUACGCAACAUUACGUGAAUUACCGUUAAUGUCGGACCUCGAUCCAGCCGACGACACGACCUCGGAAGAGAACAAGUGGGGAAGAUGGCUCGUGCCUCGUAGGAAAGGUGUUUCGAAAACCGCUCAUUUACUGGAGUGCGUGAACGACGAUCAGGUGACGUACUACGCUAGCGGCAAUCGCGACCUCCAACCCUCGGAGGGCGAUCCGUCACCUCUUCUGACGCCCGAACCUUUGCCCGAUCCUGAAACGGAGCCUCUUCCGUUGCCACCCCCCACCCCGACGAACCUCGAACCUGGCCAAGCCAUCACUGGGCCUCCCAAUGCUAAUCACCUUCAGACUGUAGUUGGUCACACUCCGCGUUGUCUUCGUCGUGCUGAUUCGGGAAUGCCGCACGAGGAAUUGACUCCGCGCUCAGAUUCGUCGGCAUCGCCACCUCUGGAUGUCGUGAACGGAGUCGUCGCGAGUGUUGGAAACGGUGUAGCCGGUUAUGGGAGUUGCAACGGCAGUUCAGCGAGUCACAGUCACGCGAGUAGCAAUAGCGAAACAUCGAGCGGCGUUCAUUCGAACGCGAGUAAUACGAGCAACGUGAGUCAGAGCAGCGGAGUGCAGCAGCAGAGAAGAGCGACGAGCGUGGACGAUUUGACGGUAGUCGAGCCGAGGGAAGAACCGCAAUGGCGAAGUUGUUCGCUUCAACGAGGUACUCAGCCUCCGACUUCAGGCUCAACGUUUUCUUCGCCGAGUUCUCGACCGGGUACGAGCCAAUCGUUUUCUCCUCAGUACGUUAAUCACACGCCUCUGUUGAACGGCCUGGAUAAACCGCAAGUUGGUUGUCCGGCUGUUAUCCUGGAGAACCCCAACGAAGCUACCGUCGUCAUACGGAGACGAUUAUCGAGGCCUAAAAUAGUCGAUCCGUUGAAUCCGAACGAAGAACCCUUCAGUCGUUCUACCAAUAUGAGAAUGACUUCAUUCACAGAAGGCACCGACCUUCGCGGUAUUCAAGCCUCUUCGGCCACGUUACCGCACUAUCCGACACAACCAGUUGUGACUUAUCCGCAUUGCUCGACCAUGCCACUUCCUCAUGCCUCUCACAGCAUGACCAGCAACCAAAAUAUGGCAGCACCGACCACCGGAGGCAGCUGCGGAUCGGUAACGAGGCACGCUAAUUUCGUGCAACCUCAGCAACAACAACAGCAACAGCAGCAGUCGCUACCACCACCACAACCACAAUUGCCGAGCCAUCCGGCUCAUUUGCCUGCUCAUACUACUCUACCAUCCCAUCACAAUGGAACAAGACUCAUUCACGGAGCAGGGGCUACGAAUCCAUUCGUCAAACGUUUUCCCCCUGUACAAGUGCACUCACAGCCAUGGGCUCUUCCCGGACAUCACACCUUUCCCCAGCAACUUCAAAACAAACUCGCUGCACCGACAAUGCAAAUUAGACACAACGAUCGCGAUUCUGCCAAUUUUUCCAUGGCCAGUAGCGGCGAUUCCGAUACUUGUCUGCCUCAUUGAAAACGUCAAUCGACAAUUGACACUGUUAGUUUUUGCGGAUGAUUCUCAUUCCGUUGCUCCUUACAAUGAAUUCUCCUCCAGUUGUUUAUUGUUCCCUCAUAUCGAUCGCAGAUGGUUAUUCAGAGGAAACGUGCUAGUGUGCUAAACCAGCCACAAAUCUCAACGGAGGUUAACGUUAAUCGUUGAAAUGGUGCAAUAUUAACGGAUAUAUAACACCGCUGUAACAUAUCACUGACCCUUUUCGUUCCAGCCUUUCCUCGUAAUAUCUCACUAAUGAGAUAUCGGAAGCAGUCGAACGAGGAAGCACGAGAGUCAGCUUUUAAUACGUUUCUUUACAAAAAAAAUAAAAGAGAAUUUCGAAACAAAUAGUAUCCUUCGAAAGUAGGAGCUAAAACGCGUAGUUAAAAGUGGUUAGAAGCAACUCUAAGAAUCCUGGGUUAAACGUCGUGAAAGAAUUUUCACGAAACAUGCGAAUGGAAGAGGAAUCGAUCUCAAUUUUGUAUCAACUUAAUAACUAAGAAUGAAGGUUAAACUUUAUUGAGAAUAUUGUGGUUAGAAUUUUUUAAUUUAAUUCAGCUCGUAACUCGAAAUUUUUAGGUGCGUGAGAUCGAGUGAUGAGUUGAACUAUAUUUUGGCAAAAUUUCGACUGAUUUUCAAAGAAAAAUGUAAACAAAAUAAUAUUGGUCGAAGCAAGCUCGAAGCGAAUUUUACAUUAUAGAUUAACAUGAUCGAGCAUGAUAACUUGAUUCAACAUUGUAUAAUUUAUUCGAAAGGGAAUCCAUUUCUGCUUCGAAACUCAUCUCAUUGGAGUGUGAAAGUCAUGCAUUUUCUUGAUACUCGUGUCCCAUUAACCGCAACUUCCUUUCAGUGGCCAUCCCGUCUGCUUAUCUUCAACUUUUUUAUACGCCUUAUCAAUAAUAAAACAGACAAAUAAUAACAGAGAGGAAUGCUGUUGAGGGGGGCGUAAGUGCAUUGCAAAACGCACUGAUUAAAUAAAAUAACGGGUACGAUAAUAAUAAUAUUAAUGAUAUUCGAACCGCGAAGGAGUAUUACUGGAAAAAGUGAAAUUGCGUUGAGAAAACAGCGAAAGAAAAAUACAUAUAACUAACGAAUAGCUCGCGAUUUUCGUAUAUAAUACAGACAAACAAAAAAGAGAAUAAACGUACAGAGCAAUGAUUGUCGACUAGGAAUACCUACAAGUAUACGUACACGUAUGAAUUUAGCAUUAUUGAAAUUUAAAAAAAAAAAAAAAAAAAAAAAAAUAAGAAAAAAUUUAAAAAACAAAUGAAAAUCAAUUCAGAAUUGAUGAACGGAGGAAAACAAAAAAGUGUAUCACACGAUCGUCGCCGUAAAACGCGUUCAAAUAUGUAAGGUUCGAGUGAAAGUUCGUUGGGGAUAUAUAUUUUUUGCAUUUAUUAUAUACUAUUCGAAAGGAAUAUUGAUUACGUUCUAGCGGAGAAAUCAUUUCAUGCGUAUAAUUGAGCAAUUUGUAUUAUCGAUUAAUUUAGAUCGUAUUUUUAUUUUGUUGGAUACUUACUCAAUGAUUAUCAACUUAAAACAUCCUCGAUAAUUUUUCAAUCAAACGCUAUUUAUCAUACGAGAAUGCGCUACACGUCAGAUUUAAGAGAUCUCAAUUGACUUUCAACGAACAUUCUGAGAGCGAGAUUUAGUCUCUUGUUCUCGAAGUCUCUUUGGACGAUCGGAUACUAAUAACCAAAUCAAUAAUUACAAACGGCAGGUAUUAUUAUACGUAAAGAUAUUUUUGUUCGCGAUCGAUACGGGAGGAGAGGCCAUACUUUUGCAUUUUUUCCACGAUAAAAAAAAAAAAAAAAAGAAGAAUAAAUCCCGUACCGAUCGUACAUAUCGUUGUGAAAGGACCACAAUCUCUACGUCAGAGGAAGACAGAAUAGGUUGUCAGUGCUCACGUUCGAUAGAAUGGUGAAUGUAAUUGUGAACAAAAUCUAUUAUGAAAAAAAAAAAGAUAAAAACACAAAGAAACAAGUAACAUACGAAACGUGCACAUUUUUUCGAUAAAUUUACUUUGCCUGGGAGUGUAAUCGAGAUUAGUAAAAAGUGAGAUAUGUCGCGGUGCAUUCUUGCUAUUGUCACAUUUAUUUUUUCAAUUUAUACUCGGCUUGUUGUUCAUUUGUUUCUGAAAUUAUUUGACACUGCUGAUUUUCCUAAGAAAUUUCGUGCUGAUAAAACUUCCAUAGUAAUUGAAACGACGGCUAUGAGUUCUUGCACUAUUUUCGAUUUAUAAUAAAUCGAAAUAAUUGAACGGAAUCUAUACGAAAUAUUAUGUUUUGUGAGGGAUCAGCUAAUGUUGAAAAUUUAGCGAAUACCGAAUGAAUUUUGAAAGCAAAAAAAAACCAGUAGAUGUUCUGAACUGAAAGAGCAAUGCGACAAAAUUAAUGUCACGAAUUAAUGCCCUUUGUGCAAGAAUAUUUUUUUACCGUCUAGAGAAGAAAUCCUACCGUAAUUUUCGUACUCGAAACUUUUAGGAUCGACUAGACGUGAACAGAUUUGUAGUUGACAGCCAAGGGAGACUCCACACCGGCGAACAAUCAUGAGAUUGACAAGGCAAAGAUGAAGAGACAGAGAGAUGGAAAAAGAGAAAGAUUAAAAGAAUGAAAAUCGUCAAAUGAUUCGAUCAAAGGGUCGAAUAAAAUUGAAAGAAUGAUAAAUCGAUUGGAUCGACGAAAAAAAAUGUAUUUUUUAUUUAUUCUUUUUUAAGUUAAUCGCUUACAAGAUAAGAACCGUUCCGUAUUCGGAAUGAGUUCCCAACAAUGAUGAAAUGAAAACAGUGGUGAAGAAGAUGAUAAUAAACAAGCGAUGAGAUCGAUUGAUGUAAUGCAAUGCCAGAGUUCUCCGCUUCGCGCUCGUAUAAAUUUGUAACUGGCACUUGGAUCGAGUCAUCUCGACGUUAUUCAAACGUCACGAGCACUUUUUUUUGUAAAUACAAUGAAUAACGUGAAAUAACGAAUGUACGAAUAUUGUAUAAAGACUGAUUAGACUAUAGCUUUGAUAUUUAUUCCAUUGUAACUGGCAUGGUUGUCUUAUGCUUCGGCUCGACUCGAAACUUCAUCGCCCUGCAUAUAUAGAGCAAACGAAAUAAUAAUUAAAAAAAAAAAAAAAAAAAAACGAAGAAAGAAAAUAGGACGGUGACUUUUGUGACUAAAUCGAGCGAGCGUAAAGAUACGUCGAAAUAUGCGCAGUUGUAACAGCGGCACUAUUAUAUCGUCACAGCGUAUAAUUAUUAUUCAAGCCAUAUUAUAUACAGCUACCGAACUGAAUGUAAACUUUGUAUAUUCGUUUAACAGGAAAUAAUAAUAAAAAUAAUGAAAAUACCCAA